AUGAAGGAGGUGGACGAGCAGAUGCUCAAUGUCCAGAACAAGAACAGCAGCUACUUUGUCGAGUGGAUCCCCAACAAUGUCAAGACGGCCGUCUGCGACAUCCCCCCGCGAGGCCUCAAGAUGUCCGCCACCUUCAUUGGGAACAGCACAGCCAUUCAGGAGCUGUUCAAGAGGAUCUCGGAGCAGUUCACGGCCAUGUUCCGGCGUAAGGCUUUCUUGCAUUGGUACACGGGCGAGGGAAUGGAUGAGAUGGAAUUCACGGAGGCUGAGAGCAACAUGAAUGACCUGGUCUCGGAAUACCAGCAAUACCAAGAUGCCACGGCUGAUGAGCAAGGUGAAUUUGAAGAG